AUGUUGGCUGCUAAAGGUGACUGUCGAUUGCGUGAGGAGUUUGAUAUUUGGGCGAUGGACAAAUCGGUUUUUUUAACAUUGGCUAUGAUUAAUCCAAAUGGAAGCAUUAACAACAUAAAACGAUUGGAUAAUGAAUUUAAAUAUGUACCCGUGCAGGAAGACAAACUGAAACCGUUAACAGCGUUUCAAUUGUCUGAAAUAUUUGUGUAUGAAUCGUGGAGAACAAAGCCAAAAGCGAAGUUCGAAUGGUCGUGUACGCCCAUAACUAAAGUAAUUAUCCGUUCUGCAUGUUGUACAUUCAUAUUAUUUUUACUUGUGGUAUUUGUAUCGUUUGAAUUUUAUCAUGUUACUAUAAAAAAUUUAAACCAAACUGAAAAUGGUACGAACAUCGAUACAUUAGAUUCAUUUAGUUCGUCUGAUAAUCUAAAAUUAGUCAAUGAAAUACAUCGAAUUUAUUAUAAUGAAACAAAUUCUACUGAAAUUAGUGAGAUUGAACUUAUCUCUCGUAUUAAGCAAAUAAUUGGUAAAAUGAAUCUCGCUUACAAUAUUUAUAUUAUGUCAUCCUUAUGUUAUCUAGUCCAUUUAUUAUGUUUUAUACCAUUGUUAGUGUCGUUUUUAAUGUGUUUACGUUAUGAAAAAAUACUUAAAAACGGCAUUAUUCAUUUAAUGUUUUCGAUUGCUGGUUUCUGUUCAUUACUUCUCUCAUCAUGGACCGAAUUAGACAAGUCAAAUUUAAAAAUGAGUUUUAAUGAUUUGAUGGGUGGUACUUAUAUCGUACAAAUAUUUCUGGCCUUCUAUUCAAUAUUCGAGAAUGAUCGUCUGUACCAAUAUAAUCCUGGAAAUGGUGUAUAA